AUGGCCGAGUUCGUCAGUGCCCAGAUCUUCGGCACGACGUUUGAGAUCACGUCCAGGUACUCGGAUCUCCAGCCCGUUGGCAGGGGGGCCUUUGGCGUCGUCUGCUCCGCCCGUGACCAGCUCACGAGCCAGAACGUGGCCAUCAAGAAGAUCAUAGAGCCCUUCAGCGACCCUAUCCUCGCCAGGCGCACAUACCGAGAACUCAAAAUCCUCAAGCACAUGAGGCACGAAAAUGUCAUCUCGCUCCGCAACAUCUUCAUCUCCCCCCUCGAGGACAUCUACUUCGUCACAGAGCUCCUCAGCGCCAACCUGUACCGAUUAAUCACCUCGCGACCGCUCGAGAAGCAGUUCAUCCAGUACUUUCUCUACCAGAUCAUGCGCGGCCUCAAGUACCUGCACUCGGCCGGCAUCGUCCACCGCGACCUUAAGUCGAACAACAUCCUCGUCAACGAGAACUGCGAUCUCAAGAUCUGCGACUUCGGUCUUGCCCGCGUCCAGGAUCCCCAGAUGACGGGCUACGUCUCGACCCGGUAUUACCGGACCCCCGAAGUCAUGCUCACGUGGCAAAAGUACGACGUUGAGGUCGAUAUCUGGAGCGCGGGCUGCGUCUUGGCCGAAAUGCUCGAGGGAAAAUCCCUAUACCCGGAAAAGGACGACAAAAGGCAGUUUGCUAUUAUUACCAAGCUGCUCGGCAAGCCCCCGGAUGAUGUAAUCGGUGCCAUCGCGAGCGAUAGCAAGAUGCACUUCUCCCUCGGCAGCAUGUUUAAAAACGCCGACGAGUCAGCCAUCGACCUCCUCGAGCAGAUGCUCGCCUUCGACCCCUCGACGCGGAUAACGGCCGUACGCGCCCUCUCCCACGACUACCUCGCUCCGUACCAUGACCCCACCGACGAGUUGGUGGCCGAUGAAAGGUUUGACUGGAGUUUCAACGACGCCGACCCGCCUGUACUUGGAAGAUUAUGA